AUGGGAGACAAAAACAAAUCAAUUGAAGAAAAUAAAUCACAAGAUUUAGAUGACAUAUUAUUCUAUACUAGCUCAACUUCUAGUUCAUCAAGCUCUAGAGAUUAUAGUGAUGUUGGGAUUCUUAGCGAUGUGGAAACCCUUCAAAACAUUCCUCUUGAACCACUUACUAAGGGAAAGCCCUACAAGGUUCUCACUGAAGAAAAUAUUCGGAAAUAUCAAGAAGCUGAUAUAAAAAACAUAUCAGAGAUUCUUAACAUUACACAAGCUGAAGCAGCAUUAGUCCUUGUUCAUUGUAACUGGAACGUUAGUAUAAUUCCUGAUAGAUGGUUUAACGAGGGAACAAAUUUAAGACAUAACAUUGGUCUAUCGGAAAUUCCCUUCAUGGAAUUUACUUUCAAUGCUAAACAAGUAAUAUUAGAAGCCAGCGUGACAAGAGGUCACGGAUUCAAAUCUCAACUAUCAUGUGGAAAAUUUAGCGCCGGAUAUGAGGAGCGUCUGUGUUGCAUUCACACUUCACGCUCAAUGGGCUCUCGUGUAAAUUGUGGAAUGUGUGCAAAAGAAUUUCCUGAGGAGUUGAUACCUGCUCCUCGUUGUGGACACACAUUUUGUAUCAAUUGUUGGGCAGGUUAUAUAGGGACAAGCGUCAAUAUGGGGAUGAAAUGCUUAGUGUUACGAUGUCCUGUACUUAAAUGCAAUUCUGCUGUGGACAAAGACAUGAUUCAUAUGCUGGCUUCUAACGCUGAUAGAGAUUUAUAUGACAAUUACCUUAUGAGAUCUUACAUUGAGUGUAACUUUAAGGCUAAAUGGUGUCCUGGCCCAAGUUGUACUUGUGCUGUGAUUCUUGAAGACGGAAAUAGUUACUCCAAGGUUACUUGUGAGUGUGGUUAUAGCUUCUGCUGGAAGUGUACAAAGGAACCACAUCAGCCAGUAAACUGCAUUGCUGCUAAUAACUGGAUAAUGGAAAGCCACAAACAGUCUCAAAACAUGGCAAUCGUUGAGACCAAAUGUUGUCCGAGCUGUGGGUAUUCGUUUGAGGUAAAUGAUCGAUACAAACGAGUGGAAUGUGGUUCGUGUAAUCAUCAAUUUUGCAGGAUGUGCCUUUCUUCUUGGCUGGAGCAAGGCUUCUGGGAGGCAGACCAGUUUACACAUAUUUGCACUAAUGGGAAAGGAAAACAAGUUAUUAAUUUCGAUGAUGAGGAACAAAAGAAACGAGCUGAGGAAUUCAUUAAGAAAUAUCAAAACUUUCACACUCGAUGGAUGAACUAUGAUAUGGGUCUGCAAGCAGCUUAUGAGGAAAUUCAACACCUGAAAAAUGGCCUGCUGCUGAGAGCAGUAGCUGACAAACAAGGCAUAGAUAAAACAGAAAUGAGCUUUGUUACCGAUGCUUGGGAGCAGAUUGUAGAUUGCAAGAGGUUCUUCAAGUGGGCAUGUGUUUUUGAGUUCUAUUUAACGGAUUCUGAUAAUCCCAGAUUAUAUCUCUACCAUUAUUUGCUAACUCAAUUCAACACUUAUUUUGCAGGAAGAGGUGAAGUUGUACUAGAAAGACUUUACCAGCAAGCAGGGAACUUAUCUAUAUACUCUAUUAUGGAACAAAAUUCACCUCAGUUCUUGAAUUUUCGACAUGUUCUUCUUCAAAAGAUAAGUGUGGCUUGCAACUUCUUUAAGAACAUGGUGUGGGCUUUAGAAAACAAGCACUCUGAUUUGAACACACUUCGCCAAGAUCUGCACUUUAGGCUGCUUGAAAGUGGGCCUGCAACUCCAACUGAAGAUAAUAAUGAACACAAAGAAAAUCCAUGGAUUUGUGCUCAUUGCCAUUUCCCUAAUGAUGGUAGUACCAUUUGUGUUAUGUGCUAUUACUAA